AUGGUGUCGUCCUUCAAUACAUUUGUAUUGAAAAUAGUUGUUGUGUGGGUUUCUUUUACCAUUGUAAGCCCUGCAACGACAAUAGCAGUAAUAGCAUCUGAAUCAUCAUCACCAGAAGAAGAAGAAGCCAAGGCUCUACUCAACUGGAAGGCUAGUGGUCUCUACUUUCCUAAUUCUUGGAAUGCAAAUGAUACAAGCCCAUGUAAGUGGAAGGGGAUAACUUGCAACAUAGGGGGAAGAGUAACAGCGUUGGACCUAUCACAUUCCUUCAUAGUUGCUAAGCUCGACAGAUUGAAUUUCUCCUCUUUCAAAUUUCUAGUUCGUCUCGAUCUCAGUUGGAAUCUAUACGAUGGUGUGCUUUACAAAGGAUUUUGGGGAAACAUCCCAGACGACAUCGGUAGGUUUUCCGAAGGAAUUUGGGGAACCAUUCCAGACGACAUCGGUAUGCUUUCCAAACUUACACAUCUCUCUCUUGCACGCAAUAGUAUCAAUGGCUCAAUACCUCGAGAGAUAGGAAACCUCGAAAAUCUCAAUCAGUUGGACCUCUCUGACAAUAUGAUCGAUGGCUUAAUACCUCGAGAGAUAGGAAACCUCAAAAAUCUCAAUCAGUUGGACCUCUCUUUCAAUGCCAUCAAUGGCUCAAUACCUCGAGAGAUAGAAAACCUCAAAAAUCUCAAUCAGUUGUACCUCUUUCACAAUAAUAUCAAUGGCUUAAUACCUCGAGAGAUAGGAAACCUCAAAAAUCUCAAUCAGUUCCGCCUCCAUAUCAAUAGGAUCAAUGGAUCAAUACCUCGAGAGAUAGGAAACCUCAAAAAUCUCAAUCAGUUGGACUUAGGAGGUAACAAGCUUUCUGGUUCAAUACCUACCCAGAUAUUGAAUUUGGAAAAUCUAAAACGGUUGCGACUGGGAAGUAACAUGCUUUCUGGUUCAAUACCUACACAGAUUGGGAAUUUGAGAAAUCUAAAUGAGUUAGACCUAAGUAAAAAUAAGCUUACUGGUUCAAUCCCCAUGGAAGUUGGAGAUUUGGAUCAGCUGACGCUACUUUAUCUUUCACACAACAAGCUAUAUGGUUCAAUACCUUCACAAUUGGGGAAACUCAAUUUUACUUUCUUGGAUUUGGACUUGUCUUACAAUGAUUUGGAGGGUCCUAUUCCGGAUGAAAUGGCUUUGCAAACUCGACUAAUUUCAUGGAGUAAUAACAAAGGUUUGUGUAGUAAUCGUUUGAAGCUCCAAUGUAAAGAAAAAAAAUCGACGAAUGUCAUCACUGAUACAACAAGUACACAAAAAAAUGGAGAUAUAUUUUCCAUAUGGAACUAUGACGGAAUGAUUGCAUAUGGUGACAUCAUGGAAGCUACAGAAGAAUUUGACAUCAGAUAUUGCAUUGGCACUGGAGGUUAUGGGAGCGUUUAUAUAGCAAAACUACCUACAGGGAGUGUAGUACCUAUGAAAAAGCUUCAUCGCCAAGAAGCUGAAGAGAAAGCCUUUGAGAAGAGCUUCACUAAUGAGAUAGAUGUAUUAACAAGAAUAAGGCAUCGGAACAUUGUAAAACUUUAUGGGUUUUGCUCUCAUCCAAGGUGUAAUUUCUUAGUUUAUGAAUACAUAGAAAGGGGAAGCUUAGCUUAUGUUCUUGGAAAGGAAGCAGAAGGUAUGGAAUUGGAUUGGAGGAAACGCAUAAAUGUCAUCAAAGGGGUUUCUCAUGCUUUGUCUUACAUGCAUCAUGAUUGCAUACCACCAUUAAUUCAUCGGGAUAUAUCGAGUAGCAAUGUCCUGUUGGAUGAAGAUCUUGAGCCUCAUGUUGCUGACUUUGGAAUUUCUAGAUUUCAAAAGCCUGAUUCAUCCAACCGCACUAUACUUGCAGGCACACAUGGAUAUAUUGCUCCAGAGCUUGCUUAUACAAUGGUUGUGACGGAAAAGUGCGAUGUUUAUAGCUUUGGGGUAUUGGCACUAGAGACAAUUAUGGGAAGGCAUCCAAGUGAACUCAUCUCUUCAUUAUCUUUGCUAAAUGCGAAAGAUAUAAUACUAAAGGAUGUGUUAGACCCACGUCUCCCACCACCAACACAAUUGGAAGCACAAGAUCUGACUUUCUCAAUGAUGCUUGGAAUUGCAUGCUUGCACACCAAUCCAAAAUCUCGCCCAACUAUGCAAUACGUGUCUCAGAAACUAGGAAGUCCUACAAACCCUGAAUGCAACCCUUCUACAGAAGUUCAUUGUGGCAAUUAGACACUUCAGAAUAAAAUAAAAUCCAUAAAGUUUCAUGAAAGUGGAUCAGAGAUUGCUAAGGUGUUUUCCUAUUGUAUUUAAGUAUUGUUGUUUCCUUCUUAAACUGAGCCCCCUCCUUUUUUGUUUGGUAUUCCUAUGUUGAACCUUUAAGCAAGUUGUUU